UAUGGGUCAUACCGCCGAUCCAAACUCGUUUGGGGCCAAAGAUGAUUCUGAGAAAAUCUCCGUAAACAGCGUUUUGGAAGCGCAUUUCUCCGGUGGUAAUCCUUCGGAUCAACAAGAAGAGAAACGGCUAAAGAUCUGUGUUCCUCGUAAGAAACGUCGUAAGUAUGACAAAGGGCAGCAGAAGGUCAUACAGACCACUGCGUCGAGUUUCAUGAACCUCGUCCAGCAAUUCACCGGGGAUGCUAGCUCUGUUUCAGAGUCAAAAAGUUCUAACACAGGCGUCGUUGCAGCAUCAUCAUCUUCCUCUACAUAUUAUGAUGUUGUAAUCAGAUACAGAAGAGGGGACAUAGGAAACAAUGAUUUCAUUAGCCAUCUUCGUGCUGCGCUUUGCCGGAGAAGGAUUUCUGUUGAUGAAGACUUUGAUGAAGUGGAUACAGUUCCAGAAUGUAGGGUUUUGAUCAUAUUCUUAACCAGCACAUACUUCUCUUCUACCCUAUUAAACAUUCUUGAACACCAACGAAGAGAGUAUCAAGUAGUUUAUCCUAUUUUUUACGGUCUAUCACCAUCUGAUUUGAUCAGCAAUAGCAAGGUUUAUGAUAUAUUUUUUCACCAAGACGAGGCAAAAAGGUGGCAGGCUGCUUUGAAGGAAAUAACUCAGAUGCCUGGCUACACAUUGACAGAUAAGUCCGAGUGUGAUCUCAUAGAUGAGAUUGUCAGAGAUGCUUUGUCGGUUGUCUACUCCAGUUACAAGGUCACCAUGGUUGGGAGGGAUAUGCAGAUAAAGGAAAUUUUGUCACUGCUAUGCGUUGAGUCUCCAGAAGUUCGCAGCAUAGGCAUAUGGGGUACAGUUGGUAUAGGAAAAACAGCAAUUGUUGAAGAGAUCUUUCGCAUAAUUUCUGUCCAAUAUGAGACUUGUGUCUUCCUUAAGGACCUUCAUAAAGAAGUAGAGGUAAAAGGGCAGAAUGCUGUGAGGGAGGACUUUUUGUGUAAACUUUUAGAGGUAGAACCAGAUGUCUUACGUACUUCCAAGAUUAAAACAAGUUUCUUGAAGAGUAGGCUUCAGCGUAAAAGGGUCCUCGUUAUUCUCGACGAUGUGAAUGACUUGAGAGAUGUUGAAAUUUUUGGUCCAGGAAGCAGAAUAAUCAUAACCUCUAGAAACAGACAUGUUUUUGUACUUGGCAAAAUCAAUCAUGUCUAUGAGGUCAAGCCAUUAGAUAUUUCGACGUCUCUACAACUUCUCGAUCGUGGAACACUUCAGAAUGUUUUGUCACCUGAGGUUUACAGUAAACUGUCACUUGAGCUGAUCAAAUUUUCAAAUGGAAAUCCACAGGUUCUUCAGUUCUUGAGCAAUAGAAAAUGGAAUCCGAUAUCAGAACAAGUUCAAGAAACAUCUCCCAUUUACAUUCCAGUUAUAUUUGAAGGAAGCUGCUGUGGGCUUGAUGACAAUGAGAGAAGUAUAUUUUUGGACAUUGCAUGUUUCUUUAAAAGGAUUGAUAAAGCCGACAUUGCAGUGUUGCUUGAUAGUUGUGGUUUCUCUACACACAUUGGGUUUAAAAGUCUUGUUGAGAAAUCAUUGUUAACCAUAUCACAUAAGAUGGUGGAUAUGCUUCGAUUUCUCCAGGCAACAGGUCGAGAAAUUGUUCGCCAAGAAUCAGUGGACAGGCCUGGAGACCGGAGCAGGCUGUGCAAUUCCAAAGAUAUUAUGGACGUCUUAGAUAACACUGGCACAUCAGCUAUCGAGGGGAUUUUCCUGGACAUGUCGCAGCUGAAAUUGGAUGCAAGUCCCAGUAUAUUCCAGAAAAUGUGUAACCUUAGACUGUUAAAAUUUUAUUGCUCCAAAGUGAUAGAGAAUCGUGGAGUGUCUUUACCUCAAGGUCUUGAAUACUUGCCGAGCAAGCUAAGGCUUCUGCACUGGGAAUAUUAUCCUCUAAGCUCUUUGCCGCAAUGUUUUGAUCCGAAGAACCUCGUAGAGCUCAAUUUGCCAUAUAGUUGUGUGAAAAAACUUUGGAAAGGAAAAAAAAGUUUGGAAAAGCUGAAAAAGAUGAGAGUUAGCUACUCCUACCAGUUAACAAAACUCCCAAGACUUUCAACUGCGCCGAAUCUCGAGCUUCUUGAUCUUGAAGGUUGCAACAAUUUGGUGAGCAUCAGCCAGUCUAUAUGUUAUCUUACAAAGCUUGUUUCUCUGAAUCUGAAGGACUGCUCGAAUCUGGAGAGUAUUCCAUCUACGGUUGAUUUAGAAUCUCUUGAGGUUUUGAAUAUUUACGGCUGCUCAAAGCUAAUGAAUUUUCCUGAGAUUUCACCAAAUGUGAAACAACUCUACAUGGGUGGGACUAUGGUACAAGAAAUACGGCCGUCGAUCAAGAACCUGGUAUUGCUCGAGAUACUGGACCUGGAAAACAGCAAACACCUCGUGAAUAUUCCAACCAGCAUCUGCAAGUUGAAGCACCUUGAAACUCUGAAUCUCUCAGGAUGCUCAAGUCUUGAGCGGUUUCCAGGCUUGUCUAAAAAGAUGAAAUGCUUAAAGUCUCUUGAUUUAAGCAGGACGGCCAUUAAAGAGUUACCUUCCUCUGUUUCAUAUCUGACUUCUCUUGAAGAACUGAGACUUAUAGAGUGCCGGAACCUCGCAAGCUUGCCUGAUGAUGUGUGGAGCCUAAGAUUCAAGGUUGAAUUUCGCCAAAUUGAUACAGCGAAGUUCUCACGACUUUGGAAUAGAUUAGGAUGGCUUAAGAAAGAUCAGAUCUCUUAGAUUCUUCUUCUAUAAACCCUGGAAUGGACACAACAAAGAUCGUUGCUAGUUUCUCCAAUGUAAUGACAGACCCAAGAGUGUGAAAUAGAACU